AUGCUGUCACACCGAGAAAAGCAAUCCAACAGGCAGAAAUCACAAUACAACAAGGAUCAAAAGAACAAGAAUGAAGAUUUUUGGAAAUUUAUCAAUGUUAUCAAACAGUCAAUCACUCACGACCCUUCCAUAUUGAAGAACAAUGUUCAUUCGGAGCCAAAUGCAAAGAAAAUAAAACUGAGAGACCACAGAAGGAGAGCUGAGAGUGAGGAGAGUAAUAUUCCGAAUACCUCUUUUUCAGAGAGUGAUGAUGGAGAAGAGGAAAUCCAAGAUGAAAGUGUUAAUGACAAAUUAAAACAGGCCACAGAGGAUUUUCUUCGCAACAUAAAGGAUCCUAAUUUGAUGGAAGAAGCCAUCACAUUGUUGGAUGAAGCCUUCAGCAAAAAGGAAUGGGAACGAAUACUCUUUCAAAAUGUCAUUAGAUCCUUGCAAGCGAGAACAACAAACGAUGGUGAGGACACUUCUAGGGUCAUUAGAGUUGCCUACGAUUUGCAACAACGAAAAAUGUCUCGUGUUUUAUUACUUUUCCAUCUCGUUGACCUACUCAUGAAGGGAUAUUCAGAGGGAGACAAUAUAACUGCCUCCAGUUUCAUGGAUUUACUUGUUAAGAGAAAUUAUGCACACAUUACUUGGAUGAUCAAUGCUACCUCCGUUUUAGUAUCCUGCAAAAAUGAUCAAUUCAAUUCUGCCGAAAUUAAGGAAAACAUUGGACUUAUUAUUGAGGAUUAUAUUGACCAAUGGAUUUUUCGUUUGGAGUUUGUGGACGAGAGCGAUCUUAGUAAGAUUGAAAAACGAAAGAAGAAGAAAGCCUUUUACAAUAGGGUGUUGCCAAAACAAAAACUGAAUGAAUUGAAGAAAAUAUUACUCCCUGAACAAGAAACUGUUCAAGAUUUCACCAACACAGUUAACCAGAGUACCUUCAAAUACAGGAAGAGAAAGGAAAGGUUCCAGCGGGCUAUCAAAUUUAUUCAAAGAAAAUCUGCUUUUGAAGUACACGAGGUAGUGGUUCGACUGCACUAUACCAAACAUCUAUUAAGAAACUAUGUAAGCUCUAAAAUGGAAAUAGAUGAGCAGGCAUUUAUAGAACAGGCAAAAAAAUGCAUCUACAAGUUUGAUUUCUCUAUCAAGAAAUCUUCCUGGAAUCGAUCAGCUCUCAACGAGUAUUUGAGAAAGAGGAACAUGAGCGAAGUAAAGUUCCAGGAGAUGCUGGUUGAUGCGGAGGGAAAGGACAAUGAAAUAACAUUGUCAACUCGUAACACUUCCAGCUUCAGUAUUCGAUUGGAUACUUCCGAUCCAUACAAUCUAUGGGUGGAGUACAAGUUCCCUUGCCAUUUUAGAUUCACUGCUGCUCAUAUUGACACCAAAAUUGAUGCAGAUGACAAUGAAUUACUAAUAGAACUUUUUCAGCUGACCAUCACCUAUAUAUAUCAGACGUCUGAAGUUGAUAACUAUGAGUCGUACUCACGAGCUGAGCUAUGGAACCCCGAAAAGAAAUGUGUGGAGCACAGCAUUGUAAAAAAGAAUGCAUUUUACACUCCAGAACAACAAGAAGACUAUUUUGAUAGAGAUUUAGUUCGAUAUCCAAUUACAUCUGUUGCUGGACCUAACAAACUAAACAUAGGAAUUGAAUUCAGGGGAAGAAGAAUGAAAACCAACCAGCUUGACGGAUCUUAUGGGACACUAAUUGAAGACUGA